GUCACUUUUCCGAGUUUUCCCUCUCGAUGGAAAUUUUCCAGCAAGAACUAAAAAUUAUGUUACAGAUAUUUGGACCAAACCAUAUUGCCCUUGUUAGUUGCUACAGCGACCUAGGUACUUUGUGCCAUGCGAAAGGUGAAUUGGAGGAAGCUAGUGAUUAUCAUCAACGAGCACUGAAAAUUGAAUUAGCACAAAUGGAGCCAAAUCAUAGUGGCAUUGCUGCCUCAUACAACAAUCUGGGUGUUGUUUGUAGCAAUAAAGGUGAUUUGGGGCAAGCUUGUGAUUAUUAUGAAAGAGCGCUGAAAAUUCAAUUAGAACAAUUAGGACCAAAUCAUAGUGACGUUGCUAAGUCAUACAACAACCUGGGUACUUGGUGUCAUAGGAAGGGUGAUUUGAAGAAAGCUAGUGAUUAUUAUCAACGAGCGCUGAAAAUUGAAUUGGAACAAUUCGGGGCAAAUCAUACUGUUAUUGCUAGUUUAUACAACAACCUGGGUAGUGUGUGUAGUGAUAAAAGUUAUUUGGAGCAAGCUAGUGAUUAUCAUGAACGAGCAUUGAAAAUUCAGUUAGAACAAUUGGGGCAAAAGCAUGUUGACGUUGCUAGGUCAUACAACGGCCUGGGUAUUGUGUGUGAGAAGAAAGGUGAUUUGGAGCAAGCUAAUGAUUAUUAUCAACGAGCGCUGAAAAUUUGGUUAAAACAAUUAGGGCCAAACCAUGUUGACGUUGCUACUUCAUACUACAACCUGGGUAAUCUGUGUAAAGAUAAGGGUGAUUUGAAGGAAGCUCGUGAUUAUCAUCAACGAGCUCUGAAAAUUCGGUUAGAACAAUUGGGGCCAAAUCAUGUCGACGUUGCUAGGUCAUACAACAACCUGGGUAUUGUGUGUGAGAAGAAAGGUGAUUUGGAGCAAGCUAAUGAUUAUCAUCAACGAGCGCUGAAAAUUCGGUUAGAACAAUUAGGGCCAAACCAUGAUGACGUUGCCAAGUCAUUCAACAACCUGGGUAUUGUGUGUAAAGAUAAAGGUGAUUUGGAGCAAGCUAAUGAUUAUUAUCAACGAGCGCUGAAAAUUCAGUUAGAACUAUUGGGGCCAAACCAUGUUAUGCUUGCUGCUUCAUACAACAACCUUGGUAAUGUGUGUAGUGAUAAAGGUGAUUUGGAGCAAGCUCAUGAUUAUUAUAAACGAGCGCUGAAAAUUCAGUUAGAACUAUUGGGGCCAAACCAUGUUGACCUUGUUAGUAUAUAUAACAACCUGGGUAAUGUGUGUAGUGAUAAAGGUGAUUUGGAGCAAGCUAAUGAUUAUUAUCAACGAGCGCUGAAAAUUCAGUUAGAAUUAUUGGGGCCAAACCAUGUUGACCUUGUUAGUAUAUAUAACAACCUGGGUAUUGUGUGUAGUGAUAAAGGUGAUUUGGAGCAAGCUAGUGAUUAUCAUCAACGAGCGCUGAAAAUUCAGUUAGAACAGUUGGGGCCAAACCAUGUUGAUGUUGCUUCUUCAUUCGCCCAACUGGGUGUUGUGUGUGAGAAUAAAGGUGAGUUGGAGCAAGCUAAUGAUUAUUAUCAACGAGCGCUGAAAAUUCAAUUGGAACACUUCGGGUCAAAUCAUAACGAUGUUGCUUAUUUUUACAACAACCUGGGUAAUGUGUGUCGUGAUAAAGGCUAUUUGGAGCAAGCUAGUGAUUAUUAUCAACGAGCACUGAAAAUUCAGUUAGAACAAUUGGGACCAAACCAUGUUGACGUUGCUACUUCAUACAACAACCUGGGUAGUUUGUGUCAUGGAAAGGGUGAUUUUGAUCAAGCUAGUGAUUAUCAUCAACGAUCGCUGAAAAUUAAGUUAGAACAAUUGGGGCCAAACCAUGUUAACCUUGCUACGUCAUACAACAAUCUGGGUAAUGUGUGUAGGGGGAAAGGUGAUUUGGAGCAAGCUAGUGAUUAUCAUCAACGAGCACUGAAAAUUCAGUUGGAACAUUUGGGCCCAAACAAUAUUGAUGUUGCUAAUUCAUACAACAACCUGGGUAUUUUGCAUCAUAAAAAGGGUGAUUUUGAUCAAUCUAGUGAUUAUUAUCAACGAGCGCUGAAAAUUCUGUUAGAACAAUUGGGGCCAAAGCAUGUUGAUGUUGCCAGUUCAUACAACAACCUGGGUGUUGUGUGUGCGGAUAAAGGCGAAUUGGAGCAAGCUAGUGAUUAUCAUCAACGAGCGCAGAAUAUUCAGUUAGAACAAUUAGGACCAAACCAUGUUGACCUUGCUAAGUCAUUACAUAACCUUGGUAUGGUGUGUGAGAAGAAAGGUGGUUUGGAUCAAGCUAGUGAUUAUUAUCUACGAGCGUUGAAAAUUCUGUUAGAACAAUUAGGACCAAGCCAUGUUGACGUUGCUAGUUCAUACAACAACCUGGGUACUUUGUGUCUUGAAAAGGGUGAUUUGGAGCAAGCUAGUGAUUAUCAUCAACAAGCGCUGAAAAUUCGGUUAGAACAAUUGGAGCCAAACCAUGUUGACGUUGCUACUUCAUACUACAACCUGGGUAAUGUGUGUAACAAUAAAGGUGAUUUGGAGCAAGCUAGUGAUUAUCAUCAACGAGCGCUGAAAAUUCGGUUAGAACAAUUGGGGCCAAACCAUGUUGAAGUUGCUAAGUCAUACAACAACCUGGGUAUUUUGUGUAAAAAUAAAGGUGAUUUGGAGCAAGCUAAUGAUUAUUAUCAACGAGCGCUGAAAAUUCGUUUAGAACAAUUGGGGCCAAACUAUGUUGACGUUGCUAAUUUAUACAACAACCUGGGUAAUGUGUGUAAAGAUAAAGGUGAUUUGGAGCAAGCUAAUGACUAUUAUCAAUGAGCGCUGAAAAUUCUGUUAGAACAAUUUGGGCCAAACCAUGUUGAACUUGUUAGUUUAUACUACAACCUGGGUAACUUGUGUAAGGAUAAAGGUGAUUUGGACCAAGCUAGUGAUUAUCAUCAACGUGCGCUGAAAAUUCGAUUGAAGCAAUUCGGACCAAACCAUGUUGAUGUUGCUUCUUGAUUCUUCCAACUGGGUGUUGUGUGCCUAUCAAAACGGGAUUUAGAUCACGCCAGAGAUUAUCUUCAACAGGCACUAAAUAUUCAAUUAGAGAAACUAGGACCAAUUCAUAAGGAUGUUCUUCGUUCCAACUUCUAUCUUGGCACAGUUUGCUUUGAGAAAGAAGAUUUCGAAGAUGCUAGCCAUUAUUUUAAAUCGUAUUAUGAAAUCCUGUUGGAACUGUUAGGAUCCUACCAUAAUAGUUGAACUUCUUCUCAUUGCGACCAGAGAGUAUUGUGUGCAGCCAUGAAUUUCGCUUCCAAGAAUCAUUGCUAUUCCCCGCAGGAAAUAAUACAUACCAGAUUCCGCUUAAAAAUGCCUCGUUUGGAUGCCUCAUAAAUUUAUUAACAAGCGAGGGCCAUAAAAUUAUUUCAAAACACACAACAUCAUCCUAGCUGUUUUUGCUCAUGAUAGCAACAGUUGAUUUAUUAAACAAUAUCCUCAAGCAAAAUAAAGAGAAAUAUUUCAAUCGCACGGAGUAAAGCCAGGCGCACACGACGCAAUUUUUGUCGUACGAUUUAAGUCGGCCGACUAAAUAUUUGCAUGCGUGAUGUCAUUUUUGGGGACUUUUUUCGGCUGACAGCAAUCUGAAUGUAUCAAAACAGUUUGAUGUUUGCCGACUAAAAUCGCAGUCGUUUGCGCGUGGCUUCAUCAUAACAUAUAAUAUGCUAUAAACAGACACGAAUAUUAUAACAUGCAUCGCAAAUUUCAAUAUAAUGCAAAUUAUCAAACUCUCCAACGAAUGCUGAAUAAGAAGGCUUAACCAUCAUAGUGCAUUUUACGACGGGACGGUGAGAGUACAAGUUGAUAACCAUAAUAAUUUUAUACUAAGCACAGAUAGAUUGUAAAUAAAUAUUAUAAAGUAUUGAUGAUUGUCAGACGACACGGCAAAGCGUCUUGAAAUCGCACGAAGUUGAAUUUGUCACAUGGAACACUCGUUAAUCAUUAAACAUUUUCAAUAUA